GGGGGUGGGGGAGAGAGGCUCCCGAUUCCGUGUAGCCAUGAGCGCCGCCGCGUCGCCCGGGUUCGACGGCGUUCGGCUGGCCCUCUGAAGGCCCGCACCAUGAGCCAGGCCAGCACGCUGCAGCGCCGCACCACCUACCUCAUCUCCCUCACCCUGGUCAAGGUGGAGGAGGUGGGGGAGGGCGGGGUCCGGCAGGGGAGGGGGGCGGACGGAGGCGAGACGCCGGGAGGGGCGCCGGGGGACGAGGAGUGGUCCGCGCGCUCCCAGAUGGAGGAGGGGGAGGGCGACACGGAGCAGGAGGAGGACGAGAGCCUCGCCACGUCCGCCAGGGAGAAGGCCACGCCCCGGGGCGGGGACGGCGCGCCGCCGGGACGGCCCGACGCCAGGACGUCCCGCGCCGACGGCGCCUCUUGCCCCGGAACCAAAGACGGUGCAAAAUCGUUCCCCCCUGCCCUGGAACUCAAAAGGAGGAGUGAGUGGGUGGAGGGAGUGGUGGAGGGGGGGUUUCAGAGAGAGGGCGAAGCCCCAAAGACGGAGCCCGGCAGCGAGACCUCGCAGUCCUCCUGCGUGUCGGCGGACGCGGGCGACGGCGGCGUCUCUGUGCGGGCCGGGGCGCGGCCGGGGGCCCUGGCGAAGGGCCACGGGGGCCCGGCGAGCCGCCGAGACCUGAGGGAGGCCCGGGAGAGCGUCCCCGCCUCCGCCAAGAGCCUGGACCGCAAGGACGGCAAGGCGCUGGCCCGCUCGCCCGGAACCGGCGCCCCGGGGCCCUGCAGGGCGUCCUGGGCCGACAGCGAGGGGGCCUUCAAAGCGGCGGCGCGGGGGAGCGAGGGGGCCUUCAAAGCGGCCGCGCGGGAGAGCCCCCGGGCCGAGAGGCUGAAGGUGGGCUCCGCCUCCCUCCCGGCCCCCGCCGCGCCCGCGCCCAAGCCCCCGCGCAAGGGCAAGAGCCGCACCCUGGACAACAGCGACCUGCACUCCCUGUCGCAGGACCUGCGGCGGGGCAAGGAGGGCCAGGCGCCGCCCCCGCCGCUGCUGGGCCAGUCCCAGCGCACCUCGGCCCGCGACCGCAAGAUGCUCAAGUUCAUCAGCGGGAUCUUCACCAAGAGCUCGCCCGUCCCGGCCAGCGCCGCCACGGCGCCGCCCCUCUACGCCUCCGUGCAGCGCGAGUCCAGCGAGGAGGAAGCGGCCUGUGCCAACAGUCAAGAAUGGACCCUGAGUCGCUCCAUCCCUGAACUUCGCCUGGGGGUUCUGGGCAGUCUCAGGAGUGGAAAGUCUGCCCUGGUCCACAGAUACCUGACAGGGAGCUAUCACCCUCUGGAAUCUGCUGAAGGGGGCCGGUUUAAGAAAGAGGUCCUGGUGGACGGACAGAAUCACCUGCUGCUAAUCAGAGAGGAGGCCGGCCCGCCGGAUGCACAGUUCAGCUCCUGGCUGGACGGGGCCAUCCUGGUCUUCAGCCUGGAGAACGAGCCAAGCUUCCAGGAGGUGUACAAGAGCUACAGCCAGCUGGCCGUGCACCGCAACGUGGCGGAGGUCCCGCUGAUAGUGGUGGGGACGCAGGAUAAGAUCGGCAGCACCAACCCGCGGGUGAUCGAGGACGCGCGGGCGCGGCAGCUGUGCUGCGACGUGCGGCGGUGUACGUACUACGAGACCUGCGCCACCUACGGGCUGAAUGUCAACCGCGUCUUCACUGAAGCUGCUCAGAAGAUAGUGGCGGUGAAGAAGCAAGCACUCCUCCUGGCGUCCUGCAAGUCCCUGCCCAACUCCCCCAGCCAUUCGGGGGGCUCCACUCCCCUCUCCGGAGCCUUUCCUGGACAGGCCAGUAAUGGAGGCCAGAGCAGUGACUACUCCUCCUCUCUGCCCUCCACCCCUGUCAUCAGCCACAAGGAGAUGAGGGGGGUGUCGGGAGGUGAAGCAGGGGGGAGCGCCACCCCGGGGCCGCAGCGGAGCACCCCCCGCCGCCGCACCUCCCGCUUCACGAACCGGCGCGGCAGCGACUCGGAGAAGAGGGCUGCCGAUGGUAAAGGGGACGUGGGCAGCGGGCGGUCGAUCCCCAUCAAACAGAGCAUCCUGCUGAAGCGCAGCGGAAACUCCCUCAACAAGGAGUGGAAGAAGAAGUAUGUUACCCUGUCCAACAACGGCAUGCUGUCCUACCACUCGAGCGUCAACGACUACAUGCUGAAUAAUCACGGGAAGGAGAUAGACUUGUUGCGUGUGACGGUCAAGGUGCCGGGGAAACGGCCACCGCGUGCUGUGACUUCCUGUGGCCCCGCCCCCGGCCUCAACGGAUUGGUCAAGGACAUGCCUGGGCCCGACGGGGCAAGUGCAGCUCCUACAUUUCCCAGUAGCCUCCUGCCAGUAGAAGAGGGGAGUGGGAGUGGCGUGUCACCAAGAGGGGAUAAGGGGGCACAGAAGUGCCCCUCAUCACUUCCAAGCAAGGCGCAAAGUGUGGACUCAGCCAUUGAAACAGUAUCCAGUCCCCCCUCUGCAAAAGACCUGGCUCCAGCCUCCCCAAUGAUUGACAGGAAGAAACACAGAAGGAAGAAAAGCAUGAACCAGAAAGGCGAUGCUGCCAUUGGACAAGCUGAGGCCAAGCGCAAAAUGUGGAAAUUAAAAAGCUUUGGUAGUUUGAGAAACAUUUACAAGACAGACGAGGAAAAUUUUGACUUCAUGAUCGUGUCGAGCACGGGCCAGACGUGGCACUUCGAGGCCCAGAGCAUGGAGGAGCGGGACGCCUGGGUCCAGGCCAUCGAGAGCCAGAUCCUGGCCAGCCUGCAGUCCUGUGAGAGCAGCAGAAACAAGGCUCGGAGGAACAGCCAGAGUGAAGCAGUAGCACUGCAGGCUAUUCGUAACGCCAAGGGCAACAGCCUGUGUGUGGAUUGCGAAGCGCCAAACCCCACGUGGGCCAGCCUGAAUUUGGGGGCGCUGAUCUGCAUCGAGUGCUCGGGGAUCCACCGUAACCUGGGGACCCACCUGUCGCGCGUGCGCUCGCUGGACCUGGACGACUGGCCGCGCGAGCUCACCCUGGUCCUCAGCGCCAUCGGCAACCACACCGCCAACAGCAUCUGGGAGAGCCGCACCCUGGGCCGCCAGAAGCCCACGCCGGACUCCACGCGGGAGGAGAGGGAGUCGUGGAUCCGGGCCAAGUACGAGCAGCGGGUGUUCGUGCCCCCCCUGCCAGCGGCGGGCGGGACCCUGUCCGCCCGGCUGCUCUCCGCGGUCACCCAGAGGGACCUCCCCGCCCUGCUGCUCCUCCUGGCGCACAGCACCAAGGAGGAGAUCAACGCCCCCCCGCCCCCCGUCCUGCCCGGCGGCGCCCCCCAGCAGCCCCACCCCGCCCUGCACGCCGCCUGCCAGCUCGCCGACGUGGUCAUGACCCAGCUCCUCGUCUGGUAUGGCAGUGAUGUGAAAGCGCGGGACACCCAAGGCCAGACGGCGCUGGCACUGGCUCGCCGGGCGGGGAGCCAGGAGUGUGCGGACAUCCUGCUGCAGCAUGGCUGCCCAAACGAGCCCCCCCCGCCCGCCCUCACGCCUACCCUCUCCCGAAAGAGCAGCAGCACCAGCCUGAGCCGUACCAACUCCAGGAGAGGGGUGUCCUAACAUCUCUCCCCCUGAAGCAAAGCAAGAGUAGCACAGGACUAAAGGGAGGCGGGGGGGUGAUUGGGGGGGGGGGGAGUCAUCAAGCACUCCCACAUACACACAAACAAAGGUGUGUUUAUCUGCAUCUGUGUGUGUGUGCGUGUGCGUGUGAGGCCUUGAGGGUAUGUGUAAUCCACUCUCCUGGACAUAGUAGCUUAAUAAGGACAGGAAGACAAAGAUCUGAAUCGCAGACAAGGACAACAUAAUGAAGAGAGCUUCUCUCAGUAUUACGAGGAAAACUGUGUUGUUACACGUCCCUCCUUAAAGGGCACAGAAACAUUUUUGCUCAGCCAUGAAGAAGCAAUAGAUUUUUUUUGCCACUAUUGUCUCUGCCUUCAUACUGCCUUGUAGAGACAAGCGUCGGUUAGGAAGCUUAGGAAGGUACCACAAGCUGUGAAGCAGAGGGGUGAGAUAUUGCUGGAACGAGUCCCCCGAGCGAGGGAGCUGUUUUGGUUUCUCUGUGGCGAUAAUCCAAUGGGAACGGGUCUGCUGGGCCCGUGGAGCUGUACAUUACAUCUGCAGAGUGCGUGUCAUGGAGUCUGACUCCGCCCUUCCUCCUGAACCGCUCGAAGUCCCAGGGAUGAUUUAAGAAGAGGCGGCUCAUUCUUCAUGGACAAAACAAGCUUGAAGCUAAGGACCAGUACUGUGACUGUGUGUUUGUGUGUGUGUGUGUGUACGCUUGUGUGUGCUCGUGUGUGUGUGUGCUGAAAUGAACAUGUGUGUAUUAUGUGUGCGGGGUGUAUGCGUAUAUGAACUUGCAUGUGGUGUUUGCGUAUUCAGACUGGAUAUGUUUGUAUGUUUGUUUGUAUGUGUAUGUGGAUGCCAUGUGUGCUAUUGAAAAGCGUGUGUGUUGGGUGUACAUGUAUGGAGUGUGUGUGUAUGAGUGUAAGGUGAGUAAAUGCCUGUAGGGCGUGUGUGUGUGUGUGUGUAUGAAUAGGUGUGUCGUGGGGGUGCGUAUAUAAGUGGGUGUGUGUGAGAGUGGGAUAUGUGUGUGUGUGUGGGGUGAGUGUGUAUGUGUGUAUGUGUGUGUGUGUGUGUGUGUGGGGUGAGUGUGUAUGUGUGUAUGUGUGUGUGUGUGUGUAGGUGAGUGUGUGUGUGUGUGU